AUGGAGGAUGAGGGAGAUUCGAAUUGUUUUCGAGCGGGAGAAAGUGCGCAAGAGAAAGGUUUGCCUUAUGUUCCUGAAUGUUACAAGAUCCCAACUUCAGACCGUGCAAGUUCUUCGCCGGAGAUGGCGAAAGUACCCCUUGUUGAUUUGGCCGGACUUAGAAAAGGUCCUCAACAACGUGCGAUAGCCAUUGAAGCAAUCAAAGAUGCUUGUCUUCGUCUUGGCUUCUUUCAAAUAGUCAACCACGGAAUCUGCCAAUCGGUACUAGAUGACGCUCUAUCUUCGGCGUUCGAUUUCUUUAGAUUGCCAGCUGCGGAGAAGGUGAAGUUCAUGUCCAAUGACGUGCAUACUCCCGUGAGAUAUGGAACCAGCUUGAAGGAUGGGGCUGACAAGAUUCAGUUUUGGAGGGUCUUCCUUAAACAAUAUGCCCAUCCUUUGGAAGAUUUCAUAGAAUCUUGGCCUACUAAUCCACCUACCUACAGGGAAAAAAUGGGAAGGUACUGCAAAGAAGUGAGGAAGCUGGGGUUGGAGCUAAUGGGAGCCAUAACCGAGAGCCUAGAACUUGGUCCAAACUACUUAAGUGAAAAACUAGAAAGUGGAAUGCAAGUAAUGGCCGUUAAUUGCUAUCCACCGUGCCCAAACCCUGAUCUGGCUCUAGGUUUGCCCCCACACUCAGACUACAGCUGCUUAACCAUCGUCCUCCAGAGCUCGCCGGGCCUCGAAAUCAUGGACGCGGAGGCGGGCGCGGACGGGUGGAGACUGAUCCCGGAUCUUCGCGGUGUGCUACAAGUCCAUGUGGGCGACCAUUUUGAGGUGCUGAGCAACGGGACAUACAAGAGUCUUGUUCACCGGGCGACUUUGAACCGAGAGAGGACGAGGAUUUCUGUUGCGAGCUUGCAUAGUCUGGGGAUGGAUGAGAAAAUGGGACCCGCUGAAGAGCUUGUGGAUGAUCAAGAACGCAAAAAGAAGUACAAAGAAAGCAGCUUCGGGGAUUUUCUCAACUUUCUUGCCACCAAUGAUAUAGCUGAAGGGAAGACCUUCAUAAACACGCUCAAGAUAGAAAAUUAA